GUUGGAGCUUUUCGACUUUCGUCGCACUAGUCUAUAACAUUACAAACAAUGUACUUCAUCUGACGCUGGCCAGGUGACGCAAGCUAUAGCCUGUUACAACAGGUACAGUCACCAUCAUCUAUCCACCGAGAAACUUCAAAUUAAUCUUCGGCCGCCGGACAGAGACCGCUUCGCUCGUCUCUCGGUGUCUCGGUCCCGGCGAAACGCCAGGAGCGGUUUCGACACCGCCGUAACAGCCAACAUCGGUCAUGGCGACCCAGACCAAGGCCCAAUUUCCCUUGGUGCCCAAGGUGGUGAAUGGUGGCAUAGCGGGGAUAAUUGGUGUCACCUGCGUCUUUCCCAUUGACCUGGUGAAGACACGACUUCAGAACCAGCAGACGGGACCCAAUGGAGAACGCAUGUACCGCUCUAUGCUCGACUGCUUUCGCAAGUCAUAUGCCGCUGAAGGGUUCUUCGGCAUGUACAGGGGCUCUGCAGUUAACAUCCUGCUCAUCACACCAGAAAAAGCCAUCAAGUUAGCUGCCAACGAUUGGUUCCGCCAUGGUCUUUCAUCAUCUGCCGGGAAGCUGAGUCUAACCCAAGAAAUGCUGGCUGGAGGGGGCGCCGGCUUCUGCCAGAUCAUAGUCACCACUCCCAUGGAACUUCUCAAAAUCCAACUUCAAGAUGCUGGUCGAACAGGGGCGGACAAGCGGCUCUCAGCCCGCGCGGUGGCCACGCAGCUGAUCCGCGAGCGAGGCCUGGUGGGGCUCUACCGGGGCACGGGGGCCACGAUGCUGCGGGACGUAACCUUUUCGGUGAUCUACUUCCCGCUCUUCGCCCACCUCAACUCCCUGGGGCCCCGGCGGGGGGACGGCACGUCCGUCUUCUGGGCCUCCUUCCUGGCCGGCUGCGGGGCCGGCUCUGCGGCCGCCUUCUGCGUCAACCCCUGCGACGUGGUCAAGACGCGCCUGCAGCUGCUCAGUAGAGCCCCCGGGGAGGUCUCCUACAAGGGCAUCCCCGAUGCCUUCUACCGUAUCCUGAGGGAAGAGGGGAUCCGUGCCUUCUUCAAGGGAGCGGGCUGCCGAGUCAUCGUCAUCGCGCCGCUGUUUGGCAUUGCGCAGACAGUCUACUUCCUGGGCGUGGCCGAAUUUCUGCUUGGAAUGGACAGGGCCAAGACUGCCUGAGCUGGACUCAAAACAAUGGCGGCACACCCUGAACGAAAAACGCGGCACACUCUCUCUCACAAACAAGCGACGGCACUUUCAUCAUCUGCCCGAAAAACGCUCUCGCUACGUGGAAGGGACGAUGGCGUUUUAUUUUUAUUUUUUUUUAAAAAAUGCUUUAGGGUCCUAUUGCCCACCUUUCUCUGCCCCCUAAGUUGCCUUUAGUUAACCCAACUAGAAUUUUGUUUUUGCUAGUCUCGGUAGCUUUUUUGCGACGAUGACAGACCCUCUACAACUGUGCACGCCUGGAGUGAUGACACAAUUCCCUCGGUAUAUAGUUUCGUAUUUUUUGGUUUUGAUUCCAACGACCGUCACAUCAGCCUUUGCUGGAUGCCUGAACCUGGUGCUUUCACUGGACGAAGAAGAGGCUAAUCUUGUAUGCCGUUUACUCUGUAAAUGUUUCAAAGCGCUGUUUCAUUUGUCUCCAUGUGGUGGAAAGACAGAUAAUAAAUGUUUUUUCCGUUAUGUUUCA